AUGGUCCGCCUUCCCCCCUCCUCCCUCCUCCGCUCCUCCCUCCGCGCCCAGUCCCGCUAUGCCUCCUCCUCAGCACACACUCUGCGGCCAGCUGGGACUGUCACAACGCUACCAAACAAGCUCAGAGUAGCCACCGAGGGUGUACCGGGGCAUUUCCAUGCUGUGGGAGUGUACAUUGAUGCGGGCAGUCGGUAUGAGAGUCCGAGGAACAGCGGCAUGUCGCAUUUGCUGGAUAGAUUAGCUUUCAAAAGCACAAACAAACAUACAGACGCUGAAAUGACGACCCUCAUCGACUCUCUUGGCUCCCAAGUCACCUGCGCCUCAUCCAGAGAAACGAUCAUGUACCAAUCCACCGUCUUUCCCCAAUCCCUCCCCCUCGCCCUCGAACUCAUCUCCUCCACCAUCCGUCACCCCUUAUUACUACCCGAAGAACUAGAAGCCCAAAAAGAUGCGGCGGCCUAUGAGAUCAGGGAGAUUUGGGCGAAACCAGAAUUGAUCCUGCCUGAAGUCGUGCACACUGUCGCUUUUAAAGACAAUACCCUCGGCAUGCCGCUCUUAUGCCCCGAGUCCCAGCUGGACGUGUUGGGGGAGAAGGAAGUGAGGGGGUUUAUGAGGGAUUGGUAUAGGCCGGAGAGGAUGGUCGUUGCUGGUGUCGGUAUGCCGCAUGAGGAGCUUGUCAUGCUGGCUGAGAGGUUCUUUGGCGAUAUGCCUUCUUCCAUUGGUGCUGGUGCUGGUGCGUCGGCCGGUGUGCUGCACCCUGCUACAGGCGGGCAAAUACCAGCGGGAAGCAAGUCGUUUGCGACAGCUUCGGCUUUGCCCGUCUCGGACGACUUUGCAGAGCUCGCGCACGCCAGGGCAGAGUACACUGGCGGAGAGCUUUUCAUCGAAAAGCCGGAAGACGAGUUUGUGCAGCUUCAUAUCGGCUUUGAGGGACUUGGGAUCCAUGACCCGGACAUCUACGCUCUGGCGACACUCCAAACCCUCCUCGGCGGCGGCGGCUCCUUCUCCGCCGGCGGCCCCGGCAAAGGCAUGUACACCCGCCUCUACACCAAAGUCCUCAACCAAUACCACUCGGUCGACUUUUGCUCCGCCUUCCACCACUGCUACGCCGACUCCGGCCUCUUUGGCAUCUCUGCCAGCGUCUAUCCCCAGUUUGCGGGGCGGAUUGUCGAUGUGAUUGGGGGGCAGCUGCAUGCGUUGACGGGGAGCAUGUUUGGGGGGAUUGAUGAGAGGGAAGUGAGGAGGGCGAAGAACAUGUUGAAGAGUACGUUGGUGAUGGCGUUGGAGAGUCGGUUGACUGCUGUUGAAGACCUCGGCCGUCAAGUGCAAAUACACGGACACAAAGUCCCCGUCGAAGACAUGUGCGAAAAGAUCGACGCUCUUACCAUGGACGACCUCUACCGCACCGCCAACCGCGUCCUCCGACCGGCUUCUGCGUCUUCCCGCUUGAAUUACGGAUUAGGGUCGGGCAAGGCGACGAUUGUGGCACAGGGACCGAACCUUGGGGCUUUGGGGGAUGUGAAGGGUGUGCUGAGGGAUAGGUGGGCGUUGGGUCUGUGA